AAAAAGAGAAAAGAAGUUUAUGAGGAACCUGAACAGAAAAAGUUGAAAAGUAGUAGGAGCCAGACUGUCAUUACAAUUGAGGAAGAUGUUCAAACUGUCAUUAAAAGUAAGGAUGAUGGACCACUUGAGACAAAAACAAAGGUAAGGAAAAAGGAAAAAUCAAAAGAAGACGAAUGUUUAGAUGAAGUAGAACUGAAGAAGAAGAAAAACAAGAAAAGGAGAGUUGCCUCUCAGUUACUGGAAGAAGCACAUUCAGAAAGCUUUGUGAAUGUAGAAGGCCAUCUGGAUUCGGAAUCUCAAGAAGAAUCAGAAGAACAAGUUAAAAUUCUCAAAAAGAAGAAAAAAAAAGCCAAGGGUCAUUCCUCCGUAUCAUUGGAGAAUAAUCAGAGUAGUGAUGUGGAGUUUUCAAAUCAUCAUACAGAUGGUACUAAGGAAAAUGAAAUUGCUUUUAGAAAAAGCACAAAGAAUACUGCUUUGAAUGUGGAACUGGAUGGUGAAGUAACUAAGAAAAAAAAGAAGAAAGGCAUUUUUUCUUUAGCAUUAGAAGACAUCCAGGACAGUGAACAUAAACAGACUGAAAAAGUUCAUAAAAAACCAGACAAAUACAUUUCACAAGAAGAAGCUUUUACUGGCCAAACCCAUGGAACAGGUAUUAUCCAGAAUGAGGAGGAGAGUUAUGUGAGAAGAAAGAAGAGGAAGAAAAAGAAAGAUAAGCCCGACACCUUUUUACCACUAGCAGAUCAUCAGGACAAUGUCUAUGGAAUUCCUGAUAACCCCAUUGCAUUAAGGGACUUCAGAAAGAAUUUCCAGGACGUUACAUUGACAAAUAGAGAGGAAGAGGACACUACUGAGAACUCUGGAAGUAUCAGAGAGACCAAAAGGAAGAAGAAGAGAAGCAAAGAUGUUUCCUCCUUAACAUGUGAAGAUAAUAAAGACUUUAGUCACAGAGUUCCUGGUAAGCAUCUCCCUGCACAGCAAGAAGUUGAGUUGGAGGAAGAAGAGCUUUCUGGAAAAAAAAGCAGGAAGAAUAGCAAGAAUAACAAUGAAGAAUGUGGGGAUGACGUAACUAUUGUGCAGGAAAAAAAAGGAAACUGUGAUGAAGUUAACAUAGACAAGGUGAGGCGGCAAGCUCUGCAAGAGGAAAUCGAUAGAGAAUCUGGCAAAACUAAGGUUUUCAGUCCCAAAGUAGAACAGGAUGCAAAGUUUGGCCAGUGGAGUACAGCUGCUUUUAAAAGUUCUGAGGAACAAAUGAAGUUUUUUAAACUGAUGGGUGGCUUUAAAAAGGGCUCUGUGCCUAGCCAAAAUCUCUCAGCAACUACAAACAAACCGAAUAUGGCUCUGAACAGGGAAGGGGAGGAGAAGUUACAGCAGGCGCUGAAGAUGGAAUUUGAUAAAGCAAUGGACUUGAAGCAACAUAAAGGAACUGGUCUUGGAUUUCAGCCUGCUGCCAACAAAAAAGGCUACAUAGACAAAUACACAUCUAGAUCUAUAAAAUUUGAAGAUUAA